AUGUUAGGGCAGCAGCAGCAGCAGCAACUCUACUCGUCGGCCGCGCUCCUGACCGGCGAGCGGAGCCGGCUCCUCACCUGCUACGUGCAGGACUACCUCGAGUGUGUGGAGUCGCUGCCCCACGACAUGCAGAGGAACGUGUCCGUGCUAAGGGAGCUGGACAACAAAUAUCAAGAAACAUUAAAGGAAAUUGAUGAUGUCUAUGAAAAAUAUAAGAAAGAAGAUGAUUCAAACCAGAAAAAACGCCUCCAGCAGCAUCUCCAGAGGGCAUUAAUCAAUAGUCAAGAACUGGGAGAUGAAAAAAUUCAAAUUGUCACACAGAUGCUCGAAUUGGUGGAAAACCGGGCCAGGCAAAUGGAGCUGCACUCCCAGUGUUUUCAAGAUCCGGCCGAAAGUGAUCGAGCUGCGGAUAAAGCGAAGAUGGACUCCAGCCAACCGGAACGGUCUUCCAGAAGGCCCCGCCGCCAGCGGACCAGUGAAAGCCGCGACCUGUGUCACAUGACGAACGGGAUCGAGGACUGUGACGAUCAGCCUCCCAAAGAAAAGAAAUCCAAGUCCGCCAAGAAAAAGAAACGCUCCAAGGCCAAGCAGGAAAGAGAAGCUUCCCCCGUCGAGUUUGCAAUAGAUCCCAAUGAACCUACAUACUGUUUAUGUAACCAAGUGUCUUACGGGGAAAUGAUCGGAUGUGACAAUGAACAGUGUCCAAUCGAAUGGUUUCACUUUUCGUGUGUUUCACUUACCUAUAAACCAAAGGGGAAAUGGUAUUGCCCAAAGUGCAGGGGAGAUAAUGAGAAAACGAUGGACAAAAGUACUGAAAAGACAAAGAAGGAAAGAAGAUCGAGGUAGUUAAAGGCCAUCCACAUUUUAAAGGGUUGUCUUUUAUAUAAUUCUUUCAGAAUCUACUUUCA